CACGUGGCAGUGAACUGUACUACCGCUGUGCAUCAACCGCCACCACCUUCAGCCUCAUUGAUAGAAACUUACUUCAGCUUUUCUACAACACCGUGCCUUAUCUCUUACGAGUGUCGCACGAAAGCCACCAGCGCAGGUGCUCACCGAGACUAUUAAACCAUCUUAAUUCAUUAUACACCAUGUCGUCUCGUUACAUUCCCCCAGGGCAGCAGAGGAACAUGCGCGCAUGCAUGGUCUGUUCAAUAGUCCAGACCCAAGCUACAUUUCACAAGGAAGGGUGUCCAAACUGCGAGGAGUUUCUGCGUCUUCAGGGCUCCAUGGACGCGAUUGCCGACUGCACAUCGCAGGUCUUCGAAGGCCUCAUCACACUCGCAGAUCCAAGCAAAUCCUGGGUCGCAAAGUGGCAGCGACUUGAUGGCUACGUGAGAGGCGUGUAUGCGACAAAGGUGUCUGGCAUACUACCGGAGGAGGUUGUCGAUACGAUGGAGAAUGAAGCCAGGAUCAGAUAUAUUCCUCGCGAUGGUAGUGCACAGGAGGAUUAGACGCAGCACAAAUGGGACUUCUUUACGUGGCGCAGGAAAUGGGUUGGGUUAAACGGCAUUGCGACGGCGUCAAUCACAGGGCAAGAAUGGGAUUAAGGAGUCAGAUUUUUAGAGCCUAAUUUCUUUCAAGAAUAAGACUCCAGAGUGUUUUCUAUGAUUAAUGCUAUGCUUGGUAUCUUGAACGCCAUAUAAACCCAUUAAUACAAACGCCCCUGGAUAGGUC